CUCGAGUCAACUGAUAAAAAUCAGUAAGAAACAAGCGCCAACAUGCCCUAAACGUAGCCGUUCUUCUAAAUAUUGGCCUACUCAGCUCGGCGGGGAGCCUGAUGUGUGAGGCAAAGCUGUAUGACCCAACGUGCGGUUAGUCAAGUCAAGAAUGAGGAAAAGCAAAGUUGCGAAGUGAGCGAAUCCACACGGAACGCACACGACUCAAGUCAAGUCAGCUCCGCUGCUCUCCAGCCAUGGGAACUUAUCGGGACAGUCUAGUGAUACUGUUCCUCCUUCUGUCCUCAGCGUCAAACGUUAUCGGUUCCAACAUCUGCACGUCUCGAGGAGUCACCACUUGUCAGCAGUGCUUGGCUGUUCACCCGAGCUGUGCUUGGUGCUCUCAGGAGGAGUUUGGGAAGGGGGGAUCCAGCGUGUCCCGCUGUGACCUGAAGGAGAAUCUGCUGAAUGGAGGCUGCAGUAAUGCGGCUGUUGAGUUUCCAUCCAGCACCCUGACCAUUGAAGAGGACGCGCCGCUCAGCGAUAAGGCCUCUGGGACUGCUGACGAUGUCACUCAGAUAAAGCCUCAGAAACUCCGUAUGACACUCAGACGAGGUGAUGCCAAGCAGUUCACUGUGUCGGUGAAACAGGUGGAGGAUUACCCAGUGGACCUUUACUAUCUGAUGGAUCUUUCCUUCUCAAUGAAGGAUGACUUGGCUCGCCUUCGCACCUUGGGUAAUGAGCUCGCUGUGACUAUGGGCCGCACCACGAGCAAACUACGCAUGGGGUUUGGAGCUUUUGUGGACAAGACCACUUUGCCUUACAUGUACACCUAUCCUCCAGAGGCAGUGAAGAACCCUUGCUAUGGAAUUAGUCAGACAUGCCAGGCUCAGUUCGGGUUCAAGCAUGUGCUGUCGCUGACGGAGAAGGUAGCUCGCUUCACUGAGGAGGUGGAGAAACAGCAGGUGUCUAGAAACAGAGAUGCACCAGAGGGUGGAUUCGAUGCUAUCAUGCAGGCUGUGGUGUGCAAGGACAAGAUCGGCUGGCGUCCAGAUGCCUCACACCUUUUGGUGUUCACCACCGACGCCAAAACUCACAUCGCUCUGGAUGGGCGUAUAGCUGGAAUUGUCCAACCCAAUGACGGAAAAUGUCACCUUGAUAAUGACAACAUUUACAGCAAAACCACUGUCCUGGACUAUCCCUCUUUGGCCCUCAUGACAGAGAAAAUGUCUGAAAACAACAUAAACUUAGUUUUUGCCGUCACCAACUAUGUGGUGCCGCUCUACAAGGAGUACAGUCAGCUUAUUCCAGGCACAACUGUGGGAACGCUGUCCGAUGACUCUGGGAAUGUUAUUCAGCUCAUUGAGGAAGCUUAUGCGAAAAUUCGCUCAAAAGUGGAGUUGGAUCUAGUGGGAGUCCCAGAGGAGUUGAAACUUUCCUUCAAUGCAACCUGCCUAAAUGGAGAGGUCACCCCUGGAUUUAAGUCCUGCUCUGGCCUCAAAAUUGGAGACACAGUGUCAUUCAGCGUGGAGGCUCAGUUGCGUGCCUGCCCCAAAGAGAAAAGCCGCACUUUUACGAUCAAACCUCUGGGCUUCAAGGAUGCGCUAGAGGUCACGGUGGAUUUUGCCUGUAGCUGUGACUGCGAGGCAAACGCUGAAGCCAACAGCUCGCUCUGUAGCAACAGCAACGGGACCUACGAGUGCGGCGUGUGUCAGUGUCACCAGGGUCGUCUGGGCCCGCGAUGUGAGUGUUCAGUGGACGACUACAGUCCAUCUGAUGAUGACAACUGCAUCCCGAAGCCUGGGAGCCCGAUCUGCAACGGGAGAGGCAACUGUUUGUGUGGACAGUGCUCCUGCCAUGCAAAUGAGUUCGGUCAGGUGUGGGGCAAAUACUGCGAGUGUGACGACUUCAACUGCUUGCGCUUCAAAGGGAAGCUGUGUUCUGAUCAUGGGAAGUGUAACUGUGGAUUCUGCCAGUGUGAUGCUGGCUGGGAAGGAGAAAACUGUAACUGCUCCACGCGCACAGACACGUGCAUGUCCAGCAUCGGCCUGCUGUGCAGUGGACGAGGUAACUGCGAGUGUGGGGCUUGUCAGUGCACUCAGCCUGGUGCCUACGGAGCUACCUGUGAGAAAUGUCCCACCUGUCCAGACUCCUGCACUAUAAAAAAGCAGUGCGUUGAGUGUCAGCAUUUCAAGAGAGGACAGUACAUCGCAGACAACAGCUGCAGCAGAAUCUGCAAAGAUGAAAUUAAAGUUGUGGAUGAACUGGUUUUGAGUUAUACAAAUGGAGUGAAUUGCUCCUACAAGGAUGAGAAUGACUGCGUGGUGCACUUUCAGUAUUAUGAAGAUGAAAGUGGCAAAUCCAUUCUGGUUGUGGUAAAAGAGCCAGAGUGUCCUCAGGGUCCAGACAUCUUGGUGGUUCUCUUGGCAGUGGCCGGUGCCAUUUUGCUUCUGGGCCUUGUUGGCCUGCUCAUCUGGAAGCUGCUGGUCACCAUUCACGACCGCAGAGAGUUUGCCAAGUUUGAGGAGGAGAGAGCCAAAGCCAGAUGGGACACGGCUAACAACCCUUUGUAUAAAGGAGCCACCUCCACCUUCACCAACAUAGCAUACAGAGGCAAAUAACAACUAAACGCAUUGAGGAGAAACUCAGGGGCCAAUGGCAGAGAUGGAAUGUAGGAGCAGAGAAACCGACGAGAAGAUCGUUUACACUGUCAUGUGAGCAGCUACUGUAGCUGAAAAAUACAAAUACAACAAGAUGUAAUAAAUGUACAUACUGUAAAAAUAACUGAAACUCUUAAUGUAAGUCUCACACACAGUUGGCUGCUAUUAAGCUUUCUUUUAGACAAUGUCAUGUUUAUUCUCAGUACUGUGCAGUACAUGCGGUCAGAAAGGAGCUCAUUAACAUUACCAACUACUGCAUUUUACAGUAUGCAGAACUAAAAAUGUUCAAAUUUGUGGUCUUUUCAGGAUGCUCUUCUACCAUUACAGUAUGGGUUGAUUAACAGCUUAUUACUUUUUAGUUUUCCUCAUGUUUGAAAAUACAAAUAGGGAUCACCAUGACCUAACAGUAAUAAUGAACAGAUAUUUUUAGGUCCUCUUCAGUGUCUUCCACCAUGUUUGAUGUAUUGUUUUCACCAAAAAAAAAAAAGUUUGUUUUUUAAAGUUGUUGUCAUUUGCUCUUUCAAAGUGCAGCGCAGUCCUGUUUUCAUUCAAGUUAAAAAGGCAGUUUACAACAAAUCAAAGCAAAGUAUCAGUACACAUAAAAUGUGUACUAUAGAAUUUUAAUAAAUUAUUAAAGCAUGCUUGAAGGGUUUCCAUGUGCAUUACCAAUUCCCUUUUUUUUAUAUCACAUAUUUGUAGUAAUGAUUUUGACACAAAUGCAGUGCUCUGUGGGGUUAACUGUAAAUCAACUACAUCCUCUAGGAUGAUUUGCAAUGGUAGACUUGACUUGUUUUUCCUCAUGCAUCAUCGCCUGUUGUGUUCUUUUUUAUUUUUCAUUCCAUUUGUUAAGUUGCAUGAAAAAAAUUGCAAUCUGUUCUGCCAUUGCUGAAUUGUAUAUUGUUUGAUUUAUUUAAAUUUUCGACUGACUCUGCACUGUGAUGCACUGACAUGCUGUGGUGUAUUUGUGUAUACAAGCAAAUUUUAUCGCAUCUCUAAUGAUACUGGCUAUAACUUGCCCCAUACUUGGUAAUGACAAACAAACGCUCUCUUGCUCUUUUGUGACCUGUAAAUUCUUAUUUUGGUUGUACAGCCCUGAUCAUCUCUCACGAAAUGCAUCUUUCUGUAUUUACCCUGUGCAGCGAUGGUUGGGAUUAAAAGGUCCAGUGUGUAGGAUUUAAAGGUUUUAGGUAAAAAAAAAUGGCAUAUGAUAUUCAUAAUUACAUUUUCAUGAGUGUAUAAUCACCUAAAUAAUUGUUAGAUUAGAAUGAGCCUUUCAUGUCUUCAGAGAGAGAGUGGGUCCUCUCCCCAGAGCCUGACAUGUUACACUGCCAUGUUUCUACAAUAGCCCAGAACAGACAAACCAAAUACUUGCCUUUUGCAUGUUUCACAUUUUUAGCAGCCACUGUAGGAGAGGGUGAGACGAGGGGUGUGCAGUUGGUUGAAAACUGUAACCACACCACUCAGUACGAUUAUAUCCUAUGCAAUGGGCCUUUAAAUUAUGGAUGAACAUUACAAUAAAUUUCACUCAUGCCCUGUGUGA